AUGGUUGAUUCCCCCCACUUCCCACAUCAAUAUUAUCAGUCAGGGGACCUAACGAUUGGAUUUAUGGUUACUCAGUAUGGCUACUUAAUUUAUGAACUAUCAUUCAGAAGAAAUCCCACAACCGAGUAUCUGGAAGAACUAAAACUUAUUUCUAGGACAAAGAGCUACCAGCGGAUCUUGUCCUUGGCAUUUGCUGUCAAGGAGAUAAACGAGAACCCCGAACUUCUACCAAAUGUCACCCUUGGCUUCCACAUUUAUGACAGUUAUACAAAUGCGAGGAUGACUCAUCAGAACACCCUGAAACUUCUUUCCAGUCAUAAAACUGUUGUCCCCAACUUCAAAUGCAAUAAGCAGAAGAAUCUGAUGGUCGUCAUUGGAGGACUUGACUCUGAAAUCUCCCUUUACAUGGCUACUCUUUUAGGCAUCUAUAAGAUUCCACAGAUUGCCUAUUGUAUAAUUGCUCCAAUGACCGAUGUUAAAACCCAUCUCCCUUCAUUCUACCGGAUGGUGCCCAAUGAAGAAUAUCAGUAUGCAGGGAUAGCUCAGCUUCUUCGGCAUUUUCAAUGGACCUGGGUUGGGAUCCUCACAAUGGACGAUGAUAAUGGAGACAAGUUUAUCCAGACCUUGAUUCCAAUUCUUUUGAAACAUGGAAUCUGUAUAGCCCUCAAGGGGAAAAUUCCAGCCACUGCUCAAGCGGCAGAGACAUUUACUUCCUUUGAAUCCAUCUUGGACGAAGCUAUUUAUCUAUCAAACACCAGUGUUCAAGUGUUGGUUGUAAAUGCAGAAACUAUUACUAUCUCUUUUUUGAUAAUUAAAAUAUAUGCCUAUGCAGAAGUGAAGGAUACCCCACUAUUGGCUAUAGGGAAAGUAUGGGUCAUGACAGCCCAAUGGGAUUUCUCAGUAGACACAACACAGAUGGAUAUGGAUAUGCAAGUCUUUGAUGGUGCCUUCACUUUUGCAAUACACUUAAAUAAAGUGCCGGGGUUCAGAAAAUUCCUACAGACCCUUCGUCCUAAAUCAAAAAAUGAAGAUGGGUUUAUUUUGCCCUUCUGGGAAAUGGCAUUCAGAUGCUCAUAUAAUGAUUCUAUCGAUGGCAUGGAAAAUAAUAAUGGCUGUAGUGGUGAAGAGAAAUUGGAGAGCCUCCCUGGGACACUUUUUGAAAUGAGCAUGACCGGCCAAAGCUACACCAUCUACAAUGCAGUCCAUGCCAUAGGACAUAGUUUACAUAAGAUGUACUCAUCCAGGCAGAAACACAGAGUCAUGCCAAACAGAGGUAGAGUGAGUCCAGUAAAAGUACAAGCUUGGCAGCUUCACUCUUUCUUGCGAAGUAUCUCCUUUAACAACAGUGCUGGUGACAGAGUGUCAUUUGAUGAUAAUGGUGAAUUAGUAUCUGGAUUUGAUAUUGUAAACUGGGUACUUUUCCCUAACCAAUCGUUUUUACGAGUGAAAGUAGGAGGGAUGGAUCCACAGGCUUUACCAAAUCAGAAAUUCACAGUGAAUGAAGAGGCUAUCACAUGGCACAGAACAUUUAACCAGGUGCUGCCACUUGCCAGAUGUAAUGAUCACUGUUAUCCAGGCUACAGCAGAAAAAAGAAGGAGGGGGAGCCAUUUUGUUGCUAUGAUUGCACUCCGUGUCCGGAUGGAAAGAUUUCAGACCAGAAUGAUAUGGACAACUGUUUCCAAUGCCCAGAAGGUCAAUUCUCAAACAAGAACAGAGAUAACUGCCUUCCUAAGACCCUUAACUUUCUCUCUUUCAUGGAGCUCUUGGGGACCACUUUAGCCUUCUUUAUUUUGUUUUCUUCUCUAAUCACAGCUGCAGUGCUGGGGAUAUUCAUUAAGAACAAGGACACCCCAAUCGUCAAAGCCAACAAUCGGGAGCUCACCUACUCUCUUCUCUUCUCUCUGUUGCUUUGCUUCCUGUGCUCCUUGCUAUUCAUUGGCCGACCUAACAUAGUGACCUGCUAUUUAAGGCAAACAGCGUUUGGUAUCAUAUUCUCCGUGGCUGUCUCCUGCAUUUUAGCAAAAACCAUUACUGUGGUUUUGGCUUUCAUGGCCACCAAGCCAGGAUCCAGGAUGAGAAAAUGGGUGGGGAAAAGACUGGCCAUUUCUGUUCUUCUUGGCUGCUCCACUAUUCAAGCCAUUAUAUGUGCUCUUUGGUUAUGUACUGCUGCUCCAUUUCCACACUUUGAUAUGCAUUCUCUGACUGAAGAAAUCAUACUGGAAUGCAAUGAAGGGUCUGUGACUCUGUUUUAUUGUGUUCUGGGGUACUUAGGAUUUCUGGCCACUGUCAGCUUCGUUGUGGCUUUUCAGGCCAGGAAGUUGCCAGAUAGUUUCAAUGAAGCCAAGUUCAUCACUUUCAGCAUGUUGGUCUUUUGCAGUGUUUGGUUGUCUUUUGUUCCUUCUUAUUUAAGCACAAAAGGAAAAUACAUGGUGGCUGUGGAGAUCUUCUCCAUUUUGUCCUCUAGUGCUGGGUUACUAGGUUGCAUCUUUGCCCCCAAAUGUUACAUAAUUAUCUUGAGGCCUUCCUUGAACACAAAGGACCAGCUCAUAAGGAGGAAUAUCUAG